ACCUUAGCUGGUAAUUUUAGAGUUGAAAUUUAAGAUGCGCAUUUUCACUUGAAUGAGACCUGUUAUGCACACAACGAUACAGAAAUCAUCUAUGGGGAUGCUGACACUGUAUUUUGAAAGAAAAAUUCCAUUUGCAGGAAGGCAAAUUUUCCCAUUCUUCCUUUGUCAAGGUUGCACCAGCCCGUCUAAUGCAUGCUUUAGUAUAAUGUAUGCAAACAGCACCAUAGCUACGAGAGUACUCGUAAGGACGGAAGAGGUGCGUGCGUAGCCGCAGGCAGGUGCUACGCUACGCUGCGGGCAGCGCGCCGCCGGCCCACGCUGGACCCACAAGCGCAUGCGCACUACGCUCCACCUCCCGCCGUCCCCUGGGCGCACUGCGGGCGCUGCGCAGUGACGUCACUUUGUAAUGGCGGCGCCCACGGGGAGCGCACGCGGCGGGCGGCGGCGUUAACGGCAGCCGAGGCCGAGCCCUUUGGUCACGCCCUGACCCCGUGACCGUGUGUCUUUUUAGGUAAAAAAUGAAGUUCAGAAAAGGAGGGAGAUUUACGCCUUCUGCUAAACUGAGGCGAAAGGGUAUUGAAGUAUUGGGAAAAUGGAAAACUGUGGAAAUUGACCCCAAUCUACUUGCUGACGAGCAGUUUAAAGAUGUAGUAUGCUUGGAGGAGCUUACAGAGUACAAGCUAGUAAGUUCUGACAAAGUGGGGAAAGGAAACAAGCAGAAGAGAAAGUCCGAGGAUCUUUCAGAAGAAGGGAACGAGGAGGAGGAAGAAGCUGUCGUCCCUCCCAAAAAGAAAAAGAAGCGCAAAGAUUUGAGAACCAGAGCAGAUAAAAGCAGUGAUACCAGUGCAACAGAAGUUGACGUGCCAGUUGAUGAGGAGAAAAGAUGUGAAGAAAUAGUCAAAGAGGCAAAUCAUAGGGACUGUGGGCAUAAAGCUGAGAGCACUUCAAGCACAAAAAAUGCUAAAAAGAAAAAGAAAGAGAAAGAGAAGGUAGUUAAAAAUAAGACUUCUCAAGCUCAGGAUGCUUUUCCAGCAGUAACUACAUCUAAAAAAGUAAAAAACUGGACAACAGAAGUUUUGUCUACCUCAACUGAUCACAAAGCUGAUGUGUCUGCAUGGAAAGACCUGUUUGUGCCUCAGCCAGUGUUGAAGGCCUUGAGUUCCCUGGGGUUUAGUGCUCCAACUCCUAUUCAGGCAUUAACUUUGCCUUCUGCCAUCCGGGAUAACAUGGACAUUCUUGGUGCUGCAGAAACAGGAAGUGGAAAAACGCUUGCAUUUGCAAUUCCUAUGAUUCACUGCGUACUGGAAUGGCAAAAAUCAAAUAGCUCAGUGAGCAUAAGUGACAGUGUUUCUAAAAAGCCCUAUCAGCAUCCUGAUGAAAUGAGAUGGGAAAGUGAUGGUGAAACAGAAGAACCAAACCAUCAGGAGGUUGAAGAUAGUGGAGAUGAAGAUGUUGCAUCUUUUGCAACAGGCUGUGUGAAGGUGCAGGAAAACGCUGAAUUUGAUUCUAGUGACAAAGAACAUACUGUUGGCCUCCAUAAAAAGAGACCUCUUCUAGGACUGGUCCUUACUCCUACAAGAGAACUAGCUGUGCAAGUGAAGCACCACAUCGAUGCAGUUGCAAAGUUUACAGGCAUUAAGACUGCUAUUCUAGUUGGAGGCAUGGCAGCGCAGAAGCAAGAACGUGUGCUGAAUCGCAAGCCAGAAAUUGUAAUAGCAACCCCAGGCCGUCUGUGGGAGCUAAUUAAAGAAAAACACCCACAUCUCUCAAAUCUUCGUCAGCUCAGGUGCCUUGUGAUUGAUGAGGCAGACCGAAUGGUUGAAAGAGGUCAUUUCUUGGAGCUAUCUCAGUUGCUAGAAGUCUUAAAUGAUUCACAAUACAAUCCUAAACGACAGACUUUUGUUUUUUCUGCCACUCUGACAUUAGUCCAUCAGAUUCCCACAAGAAUUUUACAGAAAAAGAAUGCUAAAAAGAUAGACAAGAAGACCAAACUUGAAAUGUUAAUGGAAAAAGUAGGAAUAAAGGGCAAACCCAAAGUGAUAGACUUAACAAGGAAAGAGGCUACUGUUGAGACUCUGAUGGAGACCAGAAUCCAUUGUGAUACAAACGAGAAGGACUAUUACCUUUAUUACUUUCUUCUCCAGUAUCCAGGAAGAACUAUGGUCUUUGCAAACAGCAUAGACUGUAUAAAACGCCUCAGUUCUCUCCUCACAAUCUUAAAUUGUGAUCCUCUUCCUUUGCAUGCCAACAUGCACCAGAAGCAAAGGUUAAAAAACUUAGAACGGUUUGCUGAGCGAGAGAGCUGUGUCCUCCUGACAACAGAUGUUGCAGCUCGUGGUCUUGAUAUUCCCAAUGUGCAGCAUGUCAUCCACUACCAGGUCCCCCGUACUUCUGAGUUGUACGUACACAGAAGUGGUAGAACAGCUCGAGCUGCCAAUGAAGGCCUUAGCCUGUUGUUGAUUGGCCCUGAUGAUUUGAUCAAUUUUAGGAAAAUUUAUAAAACCUUGGAGAAGAGUGAAGAGCUACCAUUUUUCCCAGUUGAAACAAAGUAUAUGACUGCUAUCAAGGAGCGGGUGAAUUUGGCACGGCAGAUUGAGAAGGCAGAAUUUUUCAACGGUCGAGCAAAGCAACAUGACUCUUGGCUUCAGCAGGCUGCAGAGGCUCUUGAAGUUGAUCUGGAUGAUGACCUUUUUAUGGGAAAAAAAACUAGUGAGCAAGAAGAAAGCCAGAAGCAAAAGAUGCUGAAAGGAAUGAAAAAACAACUGAAAUACAUGCUGUCCCAACCACUGUUUAAAGUCCUUAUGAAAACAAAGUAUCCAACACAGUCGGGGAAACUACUCCUGCCUCAGACUUCAGCUGGCAAUUCAGAAACUGCUCUGAGUAUUAUAUCAAAAAAACAAGCCAAGAAAAAGAAAUCAGUAAAAUCAAAUUAGACUGGGCAAGUUCACUUGUUGCAAUGGAAUCAAGAACUAUCCUUAUCAAGGCCAACAAGAUAUUCUGCUAGAAAACCACAGUAUCAGAAUGGUGCUUUUGUCUUGGGAGAGCAGGCACACAGCAAAACGUUCAUCUAGAAGGCACUGUUAGCAUGGAGUUAGUUACUCUUGAAUCUUGUCUUUGACUUUAUUUUCUUAGGUUCUUUUUCUUACUCUCUAUAUUAUUAGAAUUUAAUUAGUUUUGGAAUAGUUCUGUUCAUUGCUUCUCUUUAUAAGACACGUAAAAGUUACUGGGUAAAGCUGACUGCAAACAGACUUAAUUUUAUUUUAAAGGAAAGGGACACACAGGCUCUGUACAGGUAACAGGACAGGCUGAGCUGCUGACAGUGCAGAUCUGGCUUGUACUGCAGUUCAGUAAGAAAGGCAGCAAAUAUAGGUAGUGUUACCAACAAGCCUAUAGUUCCAGUGAUGGGAGCGUUUCCCAGUUUUCUUCCUCUGCUGACUUGAUUUCUCAAUUCUGUUACAUACUGUCUAAUUACUUUAGUCCUUUGUUAAUAUGUUUCAGAAUGUGGGGGAAAAAGUGAAGGUGGCCGUGGUCCAGGAUUAAUCUGGGGAGAUUUGCAAUCCAGGCAGAUUUCUCAGGAAUGAUUAUUGCUAUGAAAGAUUUUAUUAAUUAUUAUCUGGGGUUGUCUGUGUUUGAAAGCAUAUUCGAAUCAUAACCUUUCUUUUAAUGAAAAGGAUGCAAAAUGUCACUUUUGGAGAGUAUAUCUUUAUAAUUGUACUUUUAAAUCACUUUACCUUUUCAGGGCAAAUAAUUUCUAAAAAUAUUUCUUAAGCUAUGUCAAAAAAAAAAAUGUAUUUUGAAUUUUUGUUAAAUUGUAUCUAAUAUAAAAUCCAAAGCCUGUAUCUUCUUUCAAUUACUUGAGAUUUCUAAGUUUUUCUCAGCUCAUGCCCUUCACACUUAGCAGACAAGGUGAGAGAAUUCAGGAGAAAACCAGCCAACAGGUAGGACACAGCAGAGACAUCUGUACCGGUGGGAGCACAAGGAAUCUCCACCUGCCAGCACUAGAUUGAGCAAAGCAUUUGCAUCUCAGAUAUUGAACCAAUGUCACUACUCUGCUAGGAAGCACACCACUUGACUCAACUAAUCCAAGAGAAAUUUGUGUAUGGAAUUGUGUCCCCUCCCAUUACUUGCUGAUUCUGGAAAAACAAGGUCUUUGCUCCUUUGUAAAGAAUUGAACACUCCCCUACUCCUUCAUCUGUGGGAGGACUUCUCUCACUUGCUUCCUUGCAUUAUGGAAGAAAAGCAGUGGCAAUUUUUAUGAUAAACAUACAAAGCUUAUCAAUUCUAUAUGAAGCUUUUCUUGCAACACACUGUUCAUCUGAUGUCCUUCAGAGCAGAAGGGUGAGUUUUUGGUGGAGAGAGAGAGAAAGGAAGAAGUUGUGAGGUUCUUUAUUCUCACCCACAUGAAAAGAUGAAACAGCUUUGGAGUCACUGUGACAUCUGAAGAACUGUACAGUUAAAAGAAUGUUCCUUGCAUGGAAAGCUGGAAAAAGGACUGAGCAAAGCCAUGCAUGCCUUAUCUCUCCUGCAUUGAUAAAGGCCUGAAGACCAGGUGGGCCCUCUCUCUACCUUAUGAUAUAUUUUUUGCUUAUGAUUCAUUGGACAAAAUUAAGUCAAGAUGCUGACCCCAGAGCCUCCUUAUCUGAAAAUCUGCAUGAGGUAGGACAGUUUUGGCAACUUGGAAUUCCACAUGAUAGCAACAUGAAUUGACCUGGAAGAUAGGGAGAGUAUUAUUUCUUCUCAGAGAUCAUUGCUGUGAAGUUUUUCAGCUCUUCUGUUUUCUUGUACUUAACAGCCUACUUAUCACACUUCCACCCCUCCGUCUGGCCCUCAACCCACCAUCUUGCUGAGUCUUCCUAAGAUGUAGCAUGACACUUCUGCACUCCUCCUCACCUUCUUUAUGUUUGCCUAUGCCAUGCUCUGCUGUUUCUUCUCUCCCACACUCUACUGAAGCAUUCAACGCGAGUUCUGUUCUUAAUCUACUGAUGAUGCUCCCCUACAGGAGCCCAAGCAAUGCUUGGACCCUAAAAUACCUGUCUUAAAAAGGAUACUUGUCUAGCAUCCAGCAAGCUCUCUUGAUUGCCUGCUUUCCCUUGUCAGUCUCCUACUAGAAUACCCUGAAUCUUCUACCUGUAGGAAGAACCCUAUUCAUGUCUUAGCAAAUUUAAACACACUGUUAAACUGGAAAAUAGUUCUGCUUAAUUGCUCUCCUCCAGUGUGGAGUAGGUUGCUGCAGGAGGAGAGGAGGGGAGAGAAAUUGUUUUCUCCAGCUCUGAUUAUUUGCUAGUGUUUUAGUGGUGCAAAUUAGACUUGAAUAAAUGUAUAUCAAGUGCCUAUGAGGAAUUUAAUUUCAAUACUUAAUAAAAUCUGUAGUAAUAAGUUACUUCUGUAAUGCCCUGCUGGCACAACAGUUAUGCUAAGGCUUCAAACAAGUAAUGUUGUGUUUUGUGGCAGCUUACGUCUACUAAAAUACCCAUAAAAUACAGACUACCUAGAUCUUUUUAGGCUGCAAGAGCAAUCUCCAAAGAGAUUAAUUAAGACACAAAUGCAGUGGAGUAUUGGAGGUGGCCAAGCUGGUACGGAGCCACCAGUACUGCGUAACAGCAAAUUGAAACCAAGUAGCUUCUGAGCCUUUUAUUCCCUUUUAUGCUAUGAAUAUGGGAGGUCAGUCAACUUCACACACAUAUCAGAAGAAGGAAGAGUCCCUGUGGUUUGACAUCUGCCGAGGGAGUAUGUUUGGAAGGGAUCUCAUACAUUGGACAGUUAAGUUUCCUGAAUUUUGCAGUGUUCCUCUCUCUUCCUCUGCAUGUUAAUGAAACAGCAAAGCAGAAACUGGAGAGAUGCCUUACCACACGCUAGAGUCCUGGCGUGCAUCUCCUACAUGGCAUGUGGGAAAUAAUUUGCACUUCCCUGAGAACAGGCCAGACACCACACAAUCACCACGCUCACCACAGGGAGAGGGCAUGCGUGAGGGAAAAAUAGCAAUUAAGCAGCUGAUAAGGGCAAGUGCCUGCCCUUGCUCAGCUCUCCUCAACCAGCUUGCAAAUUCACAUCCAUAAGGAGGAAAGAAGGAAGCAAAGCACAUUCCCAAUGAUUUCCAGCUUGUGCUCUCUGAUGCCAAGAGAAAAAGCUGGUAAGAAAAAGUAGUAGUUUAACACUCAAGAAAGCACGAUACAUCCUGUGCUAGCAGGGUCCCUUUGGGGUGCCUAAUUCUAGGCUGUCUGGUUUGAUGAAGGAAGAAGCUCAGAAGACUAUGAAGUCAAGUGGUUAACAAAGGACUGGUAAUCCAGCAAGCACUGUUAAAGUGAUAUCCAGUUAUCUUCGCAGAGAAGCAGGAUGAUGUAGGAUUGGAGCAGAAGAAGGGGACAAUGGAGAAAAGGCUUUCCUGCUGCAGGAAAUUGUGCUGGUUUCGUAACCCUCUGUAGAUACUUCCCCUCUGCUACUAAGGCAGUUGUUUGAUAUUUUUCUUGCCCAUGUGAGAUCAUCUGUUCCAGAUUACUUUUGUGAAAGGUAUUUAAGGGCACCAGUGUUUCAUCAAUUGAGUCAAAAGCUCCUCAUGGGGCCAGCCUCACCAGAAUGGAUAAGAAAGAGAAAAGCAGUAAUCCAUUACUCCUGAGGCAAAUUUAUUGGCCUCUGAAAGCAAGGGAACAGGGCUGUUGUACGUGUUUGUCUUGGAGUUCAACAGCUCGUGCUGUUAAGCUGGAAGAAAUGGAGGCCUGUUUCCAGAGCAACCAACCUGAUGGCACAAACUGCCAAAUUUCCUGUAGGGAAUGGUUACAAUUUCAGAACAUUACUCCAAAUCCUAGAUUCAAAAAUGAGAGAGAGCACUGCAAAGUACACGUGGUCUUUGGUACACCUGGUUUAAUUAGAGGUAUGAUGUCCUUUUAUUACUGGUGUAAUUAUAGGAGUCUAAUUGGUACUGUGGAUACUCCUAUAUGAGCAGAGUUUAUUUUCUUUUUUCUUCAUGGGAAUACCUUCCCCAUAUAAGCAAUUUUAGUACUGACAGGAAUAGAUUAGAUUUCUGCACCUGUAUUGGCAAUGACAGUGCUGUGAGGGGCAAGGUGUAAGGAAGCUGCAGCUGCCAAUCCAUUUUCCAUCUAUUUUGUGCUUGUUUACUGCAGUGUUGUCACUAAGCCAGCUCAAGUGAAGUCAUUUCCAUCCUCACAGCUCUCAGAUGACCUCGCAGCAUGAUUUUCUUGGCAAUUUUAAAAAAUCUGUGAGAAUUAAGUUUGUUGAAGCAUUUCAUAAUUUCUUUCAACUUGUUUUCCCAGGUUCUUAAGGUCUCCUAAAUUCCAGCUGGGAAUGAAGCUUAUUCUUGCAUGUAUUCCCAAUCAUGUUCAUGAUGUGUAAUGUGCUUUUUCUUAGAAGUUUUCAGAAGUCCAUUUUCUAAGAUCAUUCAGUUGUUUAUGUGUGUACACAUACAUGCAACAUACCUAGCUUUUAGCUAACAGGAAAACAAAAAAAAAAAGUCUUCUUCACUCAAAGAAAAGUAUGUGCUUCCCAAAUGA